AGAUUCUCAAGUACUUCUUUACUUGGUUUGAACUCACUAUGAGGCUUAACAAUGGCAAGAUUACAAGAGAACAUUGCUUAGAGACAUCCAUUUGGAACCUUCGAAUUAUACUUUCUGGUUUGAUGCAGGAGUUGCAAUGCAAAAAAAAUUCAGCAUCAACUCUGCAAAAGUCAAAGAUAACUGCAAAUGAGUUACAUGCCACAGUCACAGAAUUGAAGAAUGCAGUCCGUGUGUUCAAUCAGCUUUCUGCAGCUUCUAGCUACCAUUCUCAUGGAAUCAAUGAGAAGAAGAUGCGAACUCAUGAAAAGUAUUGUAAGCAUUUGCUUGAUGCUGCUAAGGUACACUGUGAGGCAGUUGAACGUGAAGAGCAACAUAACCACCUGAAGUUAGAAGAUAAUCGUCGGUAUUCCUUGGCAGAGGAAGCUCGACGAAAAUCUAACGAACAAAGGAAAUAUCAGUUGAAACGGAGAAAAAAAGAGGAUGAGUUGAAACGAGCAAUACGGCAGAAGGAAAAUUUUGAGCGUAUAAAGGAGCAAUGGAAAAAUUACAUCAAUACCUCUAGAGGUAAGCGCAAAGAUAGGCCACAGUUUAAAGAUGAUCAUGGCGGAAAUAGAGAAAGGAAGAUAAGGAAAGGUGGGAAAAGGAGAAAGAAGAAUAAGAAGGAUUAUUAUGAACAAAAAGCAGAUAUAGAGGAUGAGCUUUAAGUCAUGAUGAAUGUAUAUGAAG